GAGGUGGAGGAAUUUCUAUUAAAGUGUGAAGCGCAUAAGGACCACAAAAUUGAAAUGUUAUGUGAUGACCACAGUCAGCUGUGUUGCACAAAGUGUGCCUUCAAUAAUCACAGCCAGUGCAGUAAAGUGACCCAGAUUUCGGAGCUGACCAACUCGCAGCCCACUGGCCUGGAGGGGUUGUCAGUGGAGCUGGAAACUGUUAUGGGGGAAAUUAAAACCCUGCAGAUCAGUCAAGAGGCCAGCAUUCAGUCAUUGCAGAGAACAUACAAGGAACAUAGGGAAGUUAUGAUAGAACAAAUGUGUGGCAAUUUAAAUACUUAUAUAGAUGAAUGUGAUAAUAAUUCUGUGGGAACAUCAGGCGGAAAUGAGCAAUAUUUAAAAGAAGAGAUGUGUAGGAGUGUUCUCUCUAUCGUGAAUGAAUUUGAUAAUAUUACUGCGAAGGAACUUAACGAGAUGAAAGAUGAAGUUAUAAGCAUAAAAAGGGUCAGUAACAAGUUCCGUUCAUAA